AUGGAUUAUAAAGUUUCGACUCCCAAGAAUCGCUUUGAUUGGCGGCAGCGAGCUGUGUCGCGACUUCGGAGGAAACCAGAAUCUUCUGUAGCUCGCAAGGUUUUUAGACGAAAACCCCCUUUGACCGAAGUUCAACCCGGUGAGCCCUACUAUGACGCGAUUCAGUCAUAUUCCAAAAACUUCCUGGAACUCCUUGAAGCAGAAGAAGCGGAAGAUGAAGCGGUACUCAAAGAGAGACUGUCGACUUGGAGUUUAAACCGUCUCACAGAAGAAGGAUAUUGUCUGACUGGCAUGUCCGCUUAUUGGCUACAGGCGAAUCAAUUUGGCCGGCCGGUUGCGUCGUUUCUCCUUGGUCCAGGGAUAAAUCUUCCAGAGAAUCGUCUCGAGAACGGGACAAGCGUGUUGGUGUCUCGUAUCGACCCACUGCAGGAGAAGCCCAUGCGGGGAUCUGUGCUUUCCCGAACUUCGUCGCAGAUACGGAUAUGUUUUCCGGAGCUUUUUGACCUUGACGAAGGCUAUUGGCGCCUCGACCUUGGUCGCCCAAAUCUCGUUUUCGAACGUAUGAAGACAGCCGUAGCGCAUAUGAAUCAUGAUCCCAAGGUCUUAGAAGAGGAGCCAAUUACCGACAAUCGAGAACACAUCCUCCACGGAACUCAUCUGAGGGACAUCCUCCUACGUGCAUUUCAGCCCGAUCAAGAACGAACACAUAGACAGGUAGUCCAACAGGCGCCGGAUGAUGCGGACUUCGACCCUACUGCACUGAACGCUGCGCAUUCUCGGAAAUGGGAUUUUGAGGAACUGGGGGUCUUUAGAGAUGAUAUGCGAAUACAGAGCUGGGCAAAGCGAUAUGCUCACGCCGAUCCCUUUGUUAUUGAAGGAGAUCCACCGUUAGAUGGGCUGAAUCGUUCGCAAAUAAGAGCGGUGGCUACGAUGAUCAAGCACAGGCUCAGUUUGGUGCAAGGGCCUCCAGGAACCGGAAAGACGAAGACCAUCAUUGAAACUAUUAAGCUACUCAAAGUUCAUUUUGAGAUCCCUCAUCCAAUACUCGUAUGCACCUAUACCAACGUCGCUGUUGAUAAUCUUGUGGAAGGUCUUGUGAAUGCUGGUGUCAAAGCCUUGCGUGUUGGAUUCGGCGGAAGUAUCAAGGAGUCGCUUCGACCGCACUCGCUUGAUACCAAGCUCGAAGAGCAUCGUCUUCAAAAAACACUCAAGGCUCAAAUCAAAGAAAAGGAUGAUCUUCAAGUCAAAAUGGAUGACCUGGAAGCCAGGCUGAGAGACGUUCAGGAUAAAAUUUCGAGCACCUCUACUGGGAGAUUGGUUGAAAAAGAACAAAACAUGAAGAAGGCCCUGGUAUCAAUGCAGAAGCAGUUCGCGGUCACGAAAAUGAAGGUUUACUCUAUCCAGCAAGAGAUGCUGCGAGAUGUGGUCAACGCUGCUGACGCUAUUUGCACAACUUGCAUCACUUCAGCUUGUAUGGCGCUGAACGUGACGGACUUCCCUGUAGUUUUCUUAGAUGAGGCAUCAAUGUCAACUGAACCAGCAUCUCUGAUUCCAAUUAUGAAAGGGUCUCGACAUGUUGCCCUCAUCGGCGAUCAUAAACAGCUGCCACCUGUCAUUAUUAGUCGGGAAGCACAGGCGCUUGGACUGGGGAUGAGUUUAUUUGAGAGGUUAACUGGGGAAGCAGCUGUCCCCUCUGUGAUGCUGGAUGUUCAGUAUCGCAUGCAUCCAGCGAUCUCCCGCUUCCCAUCGCACGAGUUUUACAAUCGAGCUCUGCUGGACGGGACCGUCGAUGUGUUUGGUAACGCCAUCCCCCGACUUUCGCCUCCCGACUCCCAUUACCUCCGACCUCACGUGGAAACGGGCGCAAGUCCCUCGAUUGUUUUUCUGGAUCAUGCCGGUGACGAGUCCGUGAAGGACCGGAGCCGGGUUAAUCGGAAUGAGGCGUACAUUGUAGCAAGUGUUGUGGAAGAUCUUUUGCUCAACAAUCCUCAUCUCCGAGGGAGUGAUAUCGGUAUAAUUGCACCCUACGUGGCGCAAAUAUCCUUGCUCACUCGAUUAUUCAAUACGGAUGCGACAUACCAAGCCCGUUUUAAAGAAGUUCUUGGUGAUCACCGUGCUAUGCAACUUCCCCAUAUUGAAAUCAAAACGGUAGACGGCUUUGAAGGACGCGAAAAGGAAGUUAUUAUAUUCUCUACCGUGCGGAACAACGCUGGUGGAUAUAUCGGCUUCCUCGCCGAUAAACGGCGCUUGAACGUUGGCCUGACGCGUGCGAAACGGGGUUUGAUUGUCGUGGGCAGCAUCAAUACUCUGAAAUCAAGCAAGAUGAGUGGGGGAGAGAAUGCUGUUAUCAGGGUGGGCAAGGGGGCUGAGUCGUGGAGGCGCUAUGCCCGCUUUUUGACGGAGCGUGGAUUGGUGUUCACUCUCCACGGGGAGACUUUGCAAAGGGCGCUCACUGGCAAGAGGGCGACUCCAAACGUGUUGACGUGCUGA